AUGGCUUCCUCUGCAACAGCGCCAAAUUCACUAUCUUUCUUCUCAUCUUCUCUCUUUUUGUCCUCCUCUCACCAAAUCCCUAAAACCUACAUUUCCGUCGCGAAAUUCGGCUCCGGCAGAGUAUCGAAGCCGCUCUCUGUCGCGUCCCAGCUAGCGACCCUACCGAUCAUCUCAUUCGAGGGAGAGAAGGUUGGGGAGACGUAUCUGGACCUCAAAACGGCGCCGGAGGAUACCGCUCGUGCCGUUGUGCACCGCGCCAUCGUGACGGACCUGCAGAACAAGCGUCGGGGGACGGCGUCGACGCUGACUCGCGGUGAAGUUCGCGGUGGUGGAAUCAAACCUUACGCGCAGAAGAAAACGGGUAACGCGAGGCGUGGAUCUCAGAGAACGCCGCUACGUCCCGGCGGAGGUGUGGUGUUCGGGCCAAAACCCAGGGACUGGUCAAUCAAAAUCAACAGGAAGGAGAAGAAGCUGGCGAUAUCGACGGCCAUUUCGAGCGCGGCGACUUCGGAAGGUGCGAUAGUGGUGGAGGAAUUCGGGGAUAAGUUCGAGAAGCCGAAGACGAAGGAUUUCUUAGCUGCGAUGAAGAGGUGGGGAUUGGAUCCGAAGGAGAAAGCUAUGUUCUUGAUGAUAGAUGUGGAAGAGAUUGUGGCGAAAUCGAGCAGGAACAUCGGAACGCUGAGGAUGCUGACGCCGAGGACUCUGAAUCUGUUCGACAUUUUGAAUUCUGAUAAGCUGGUGCUGACUCCUGCGGCGGUGGAAUUCCUGAAUGCGAGGUACGGUGUUGAUGCGUUGGAGACAGAAGAGGAUGAUGAAGAUGACGAUGAAGAUUCCACGGAAGGUUAG